UCCUUUUCCCACUCUCCACUUAGGAUCUGCUAGUUUUAAAGAGCUUUGAAUGAUUCAUAAGACAUGAUAUUCGGGUCCAAAGAUAAUCUGUAUAAAAUUUUAGUUGAAGUUAUAAAAUCAACUCAUUCUUUUUAAUUCGUGGAUGACAAAAAAAAUAUGAUUUGGGAGACUUUGAUUGCAUUUACCUGUGUGAUUUUACAAACAGUAAUACGAAUCUAUCUGCACCUUAUUCUGGUUAGAGAGUAUUGUAUGUCAGCAUAUCAGUUUCCUGCAGGGCCAUUUGACACCGAUGGAAGGGAGCUUUCUGUCCUUAAGUGAGUCAGGUGACCGGAGUUUGGAUACAGUCACACGCUGAGAUCCUGUCUGCCAUCAGUGUGGAGGCAGAGGAGACGAGAUGACGUUCAUCGCCAAAACCUUCUACGACCUGAGAGCCACCACGCUGGAGGGAGACUCACUGGACUUCAAUGUGUUCAGGGGACGGGUGGUCCUGAUCGAGAAUGUGGCCUCGCUCUGAGGCACCACCACCCGGGACUUCAGCGAGCUCAACCAGCUUCAGAGCAAGUACCCCCAUCGCCUGGUGGUCCUGGGUUUCCCCUGCAAUCAGUUUGGCUACCAGGAGAACUGUACCAAUAGCGAGAUCCUGAAUUCACUGCAGCACGUGCGUCCAGGUGGUGGCUUUCAGCCGGGCUUCACCAUCUUCGAGAAGUGUGAUGUGAACGGAACAAACACACACCCGGUCUUUGCCUAUCUGAAAGACAAGCUCCCCUAUCCCGAUGACGACCCCAACUCCCUCAUGCAGGAUCCCAAAUUUCUGGUUUGGAGUCCCAUCAACAGGACGGACAUCUCUUGGAACUUUGAGAAAUUCCUCAUCGGUCCCGAGGGAGAGCCCUUUAAAAGAUACAGCAAAAAGUUCCCCACCAUUGACAUAGAGCCUGACAUUCAAAGGCUAUUGAGACUAACCAAGACCUAAAAAUAGCCUGCUCCUAAUGACUUCUCAUCCAUAACAGUCACAGCUGAUAUGCUGCCAUCCAUCCUUUUAAGCCUUAUUAAAUGAGGGUGAUAUUCUCAAAAGCUGUACGAGUAUCAUCUGAGGCCUUGUAAGUGCUUAAGAGCAGUGGAUGAAUGCAUUCACCAUGUUUUUAUUAAAUGUCAGCUAAACUCAAAUAGAUAGCAGUGACAGGAAGAUUACACUAUAUUUUAAAUCAUGCACAUGUGCAUAUACUUGUUUUUAUAUUCUAGUUCUCGCUCCCAAAAAACACUCAUUUGGAAAGAAAAAUGCUUACUAUAUGCACCAAAGAAACCAUGAUGUCUCUUCCACCACACUACUGUACUGUGCUAGCCUGGCCAGCAGAUGGUGCUACUGAUUUGAUUAUUCAUAUACUGUAGAUGCCUUCUGACUCUGAUGCAUGCCUUCAUGAAUCAAC